CUUGGUGCAGGGUCCCCAGUUCCCGCGACGCUCCUCGGGAAGCCACGGGGCGCCUUCCAGCUUCUCUCCCCGCUCCAGUUUAGAACCUAAUUCCCAGACCGGGCCCAGCCCUGGCCUCUUGUUGUCCGCUUUUGCUGGGACCUGUUCCACAAAUGGGCGUCUUCUGCCUUGGGCCGUGGGGGUUGGGCCGGAAGCUGCGGACGCCUGGGAAGGGGCCGCUGCAGCUCUUGAGCCGCCUCUGCGGGGACCCCUUGCAGGCCAUCCCAGCCAAGAAGGCCCCGGCUGGGCAGGAGGAGCCCGGGACGCCGCCCUCCUCGCCGCUGAGUGCUGAGCAGUUGGACCGGAUCCAGAGGAACAAGGCCGCGGCCCUGCUCAGACUCGCGGCCCGCAACGUGCCCGUGGGCUUUGGAGAGAGCUGGAAGAAGCACCUCAGCGGGGAGUUCGGGAAACCGUAUUUUAUCAAGCUAAUGGGAUUUGUUGCAGAAGAAAGAAAGCAUUACACUGUUUAUCCACCCCCACACCAAGUCUUCACCUGGACCCAGAUGUGUGACAUAAGAGAUGUGAAGGUUGUCGUCCUGGGACAAGAUCCAUAUCAUGGACCUAAUCAAGCUCACGGGCUCUGCUUUAGUGUUCAAAGGCCUGUUCCGCCUCCGCCCAGUUUGGAGAACAUUUAUAAAGAGCUGUCUACAGACAUAGAGGGUUUUGUUCAUCCUGGCCAUGGAGAUUUAUCUGGGUGGGCCAAGCAAGGUGUUCUCCUACUCAACGCUGUCCUCACGGUUCGGGCCCAUCAAGCCAACUCUCAUAAGGAGCGAGGCUGGGAGCAAUUCACCGAUGCAGUUGUGUCCUGGCUAAAUCAGAACUCGAAUGGCCUUGUUUUCUUGCUCUGGGGCUCUUAUGCUCAGAAGAAGGGCAGUGCCAUUGAUAGGUAGAGACUGGGUUUCACCAUGUUGACAAGGCUGGUCUCGAUCUCCUGACCUCAAGCGAUCCUCCCAUCUUGGUCUCCCAAAGUGCUGGGAUUACAGAUGUGAGCCACCGCACCCAACCAGGUUGAGUACUUUGCAUGCAGAAUCUUACGUAACUCUCAGAAUCUCAGAAAGGCUUUGAGGUAUACAUACACCUGUAUGAGUGACCUAAGAUCUGACUGAUAUGAACAGCUAAGAUGUGAUGAUCUAGGUAUGUAAGAAGUGUGUGUGAGAGUAAUUGCUGAUCUCUAUCCCUUAGGGGAGGUUUAUGGCCAGUGUUGCUCUUCCGCAGUAUAUUGGUAAUCUUUAAUCAUGGUUUGGUCUGAAAGUAAAGUUGUUAAAGUAGCUUGGUCAUUAAAGCCAAAUUGCAUAUCUCCAGCCCAGUGGCUCUCCUGAUCUAUAGAGUGCCUUCUUACUACUGCCCCAUAAACAUGCCAAAUUCAACAUUUUCCAAACGAAGUUUCUCCUUUUCUCAUCCAUGCUUCACUAAACUUGAUCCUCUGCACUCCCUAGCAGCAAAAAGCACCAUCAUCUGCCCAGUUGUCCAGGCAGAUCUGAUUCUAUUACUGACACCUGCCUACCUCUCUUUCUCCCCUCUUCUGUCCUUUUUUCCCCCUUCCCGUAUGCAGUCAGUCAUUCAUAUCUGUGUUCUUUCUUCCCCCUCCAAAUCUAUCCCUGCCUGACCACCUUUGCCUUCAUUCAGGCCCUCAUCUGAUCUUGCCUGGAGGGUUCUGAUGCUUUCUCCCUGGAAGGCCUUGCCUUAGGCUGAAGGUCUGAUUUCACGAGGGUAGGAGGGUGGCCCCCAAUCGGCCUCCCAGACUUAACUCUGUCCCUCUUUGCACUCUGAUCCCUAGGCUGAUCCAUUCCCCUUUACUUUUUCACAGUGCCCCACUUGCCUGCCUUUGCAUAUCCUGCUUGCUCUGCCUACAGUGUGGAGGUCAUUUUCUUCUGGGAUUCUUUAGAGCUCUGAGGGCUGACAUUUACAGGGGCCUGUGCUGCUUGCGUGUGUGUUCAGCAUUUGGUGUGCAUGACUUCUUAUCACACUCAGCACCUGUGAUCCUCAUUUGAUUGGUCACAGUAACUUCAUAAGCUGGACGCUAUUGUUAUUCCCAGUCUACAGAUGAAAACUGAAGCAGCUUAGAGUUGCAGCAACUUCCCUGUGGUACAGCUACUGAGUGUUAGAGGCCUCGACCCCGGGCAGUCUGGCUCCGGGCUCUGUGCUCUUAAUUAACCACACUGGAUUGCCUGGCUUUAGUCAUCACCCUCAUCACCCCUCCUGGACUGAGCCCCUUGAAGGCAGGAGUGUUUUGAGAAACAGUGAUCUGUUGUUAGUUUUUAUAUACAGAAAGAAGAGGAAAACAAAAAUGGUCUAUAUCUCCCUGUUAAAAUAACUAUAGUUGAUGUUUUUAAAAAAUCAAAGUAGUCAUUUGCCACAUAAUGGUGUUUCAGUCAUAAACUGCAUAUAUGAUGAUGGUCCCAUAAGAUUAUAAUAUUGUGGCUGGGUGUGGUGGCUCAUGCCUGUUAUCCCAGCACUUUGGGAGGCUGAGGCGAGUGGAUUGUCUGAGCUCAGGAGUUUGAGACCAGCCUGGGCAACAUGGUGAAACCCUGUCUCUACUAAAAUACAAAAAAUUAGCCAGGCAUGGCGGCGUGUGCCUGUAGUCCCAGCUACUUGGGAGGCUGAGGCAGGAGAAUUGCUUGAACCCGGGAGGCAGAGGUUGCAGUUAGCUGAGAUCAUGCCACUGCACUCCAGCCUGGCAACAGAGUGAGACUCCAUCUC